AUGGCCUCCAACUACUUCCCUGAUGACGAGGACGGCGACCUCGAGCAGCAGGAGCGACGGGACGACGAAUUCGACAGUCGGACACCGUUGGACAAGACCAUAGACCGUAUUGGUAUGGGGAGCUACCAGUGGACGUUGUUGUCAUUGUGUGGUUGUGGAUGGAUGGCGGACAACAUGUGGCUGCAAGCUGUCGCGUUGAUCCUUCCUCGAAUCCAGCAACACUACUCAGUACCGGAUAGCUACAUUGGCACAGUAUCGUCGUCAAUGUUUGCCGGAAUGAUGAUUGGGGCUAUUGGUUGGGGGACGUGUUCUGACCUCAUGGGCAGAAGUACUGCUUUCAACUUGACACUGUUCUUCACAGCCCUCUUUGGUCUCCUCGCCUCCUUUGCCAACUCUUUCCCGACGUUGUGCAUCGCCCUCUUCUUCCUCGGGAGCUCAGUCGGGGGAUCAAUGCCCACGGACGGCACCCUUCUUUUGGAACACAUGCCAAAGUCAAAACAAUAUCUAGUCACUGCACUGUCCGUGUUCUUCUCGUUUGGUGCCGUCCUUUCAGCAGUCGUCGCCCUCCUCGUACUUCCUCAAAACUCCUGUAGAGCAAGCUCGAUUGCCCCCUGCGACGUGGAGAUAGAGAAUAGAGGAUGGAAGUAUCUACUUAUGACUCUUGGGCUUAUCACGCUAUCUAUGUUCUUAGCCCGGAUGGUUUUCUUCCGCUUACAUGAGUCCCCCCGCUACCUUGUUCACGCUGGCCGUCCACAAGACGCCGUCAAGUCCCUCCAGAUGAUAUCCCGCUUCAACGGCUCUGAUCUAUCUAUAGAACUGGCGGACGUCCGAGAUCACCACCCUCCAGACGAUGAAGACCUACGCAAGGCGGACACCCGUGCCCGGGCAAAUUCGACGACUAUCUUCGACGCCAGCGUCAUUGAAGACGGCCCUGCGUCUCCUCCUCGCAGUAUCAGUGCGGAGAACUCGCGCACGACACGUAAUGGUCUUGUCACUGCCUAUGCAUCAACAGGCGAAACACCCGUCCUUGAUUCUCAUACCUUCGACACACCUGUAUUAGAGCAUCCACCCACUCUAGAAGAGCCCAAGGAACCACCAGAACCGUCCUCGAGCGCCGAGCAACCUUUCCUUCCACGUACGACUGAAAAUGCUGCCAGGCCACGACCUCUAUCAGGUGCAUCUCGCCGUUCAUCCGUCUACGAGCAGAAAGUCUACCGACUACUCCCUCGAUGGAUGAGAAGACCGCUUCGCGCAUGGUGGGACCGUGUGUUGAUGGUGCUUGAUCCGGAAUGGCGGCGGACGACGAUACUUGUGUGGAUGGCAUGGUGUGCGAUGUCGCUGGCUUACACGAUGUUUAACGUGUACCUCCCGAAAUUACUGGAGACACGUUCGAACACAGAAGUACCGCAGACGUUGGAAGGGAGUCUUUGGGAUGUAGUGAUUUUUACGAUCGGCGGCUGCCCUGGUGCUCUGCUCGGGGCCUACUUCAUUGAGUCAAGCCUGGGCCGAAGGUGGUCCCUUGCUGGAAGCACCUUCAUCACCGCGUUCUUCUGCAUCGUCUUCGCGCUCGUAACGUCCACCUGGGCAGUACGAGUGAGCACUGUCGGGAUCAGCCUGAGCGCCACAGCGAUGUGGGCCGUCCUGUACGGCUGGACGCCCGAGAUCUUCGGGACGAAAGUCCGGGGUACAGCCUGUGGCAUCGCAUCGGCCCUCUCCCGAAUAGGUGGCAUGAUUGCCCCUUUGCUGGGAGGUGUCCUGCUCAUGAUGGACCGCUCGUUCCCUGUGUACACCAGCGUCGUGAUUUUUGCUAUCGCUGGGAUCUGCGUGCUGUUCUUGAAGGAGGGUGAGGGCGAUCGAGGCAUCAAGUCUGGGGGAAGAGUAAUUGUGCAUUGA